UGCAAUUCCCUUUGCCACUUUGAAUUCCAUCCAUGUAUUUGAUCUAGACACCCCGUGGCAAGCUACCCGCCAUUGCAUAUGCUCGGGCACCACGUUUAAACCAGUCGGCGGUUAUUUGGUGGCGCCGCCUUCAAAACUCGAAAUUUCCGUUAUAAAAAGAAAUACAUACCGCUAAAAAAAACUGAAAGUAAAAACAAUCGAUCUCAUUAAUCGCAGCAACAAAUACACAAAAAUGGGGGAAGAAUCACACAGCAUACAAGUGAGCGGCAUGCAAUUCUCCUACGAUGCUAUACGUUCCCCUCUGUUCUUCGAUUUCAAUCUCGAUAUUUCCCCCAGAUCACGCUGCCUCCUCGUCGGCGCAAAUGGAUCUGGGAAGACGACUCUACUGAGGAUAUUGGCCGGGAAGCACAUGGUUGGCGGCAGAGAUGUGGUGAGGGUGCUGAAUUGUUCGGCUUUUCACGACACGAGUCUCGUUUGCAAUGGCGAUUUGGCGUAUUUGGGUGAAUCAUGGAGCAAAACUGUGGGAUCUGCUGGUGAACUGCCGCUCCAAGGAGACUUCUCUGCGGAACAUAUGAUAUUUGGAGUUGAAGGAGUUGACCCUGUUAGGCGAGAUAAGCUUAUCGAAUUGCUGGAUAUUGAUCUUCGUUGGAGGAUGCAUAAAGUUUCCGAUGGUCAAAGGCGUAGAGUCCAAAUUUGCAUGGGUCUCCUUCACCCAUACAAGGUACUUUUGCUAGAUGAGGUCACUGUCGAUCUCGAUGUUGUAGCUAGGAUGGAUCUGCUGGAGUUUUUCAAGGAAGAGUGUGAGCAGAGAGGAGCAACGAUUGUUUACGCAACUCACAUUUUUGACGGGCUGGAGACAUGGGCAACUGAUCUUGUUUACGUUCAAGAUGGUGUUUUGAACAAGUCACAGAAACUAUCUGAUCUGAACGAACUGAAGAAUAACUUGAAUUUGCUCUCGGUGGUUGAGUCAUGGCUUCGAUCCGAAACUAAGAUUGAGAAAAAGAAGACACAAGUUAACUCGACUCCUCAACCAAAAAAAUCUUCUCCGUUCGAUAGUUCUCCAUUUAGGUCUUCGAGACACAUGGCGUAUUACCGCUGAUUUCACUGCAUUGCAUUUCAGAUUUAAAUUCAUGAUUUAAUAAUAGUAACUAUAGCACGUCUGAGGCGUCUCCAGUUACCAUUUACAGAAGUUUUCGGUUUUUUUCUUUUUUUUUCUUUGCUGAUGUAGCAAAAGACUAUAUGUUGUGCCUGCUGUUUAUUUCUAUUUGUUUCUAGGUCAUGGUUUGGAAAUCCAAUGGAGUUGUAUUUUAUUUAAUCAUUUAUAUCAUUACAUUUAACAUAAGUAUUCU